UUAUGCUAAUUAAAGGCUGAAUCUGAUGCAGUAAGAAAUGGUAUAAAUGCACCGUCAACUGAGUAGUAUUCGUUGGCCUGAAUUGCAAGUCGACUGAUCGUUCUUACGAUGAGAUUGGUCUGGAUAUUGAUGUCGCUGCAGCUUAUGCUCCUGGCAACUGCCCUUAGUGCGAGAAGAUGUAUUACCCCAACUAAGGCUCCAACUACCACAGAGGAUCCUGAUGACCCCACUGAUGAUCCCUGGGAUCCCACGGAUGACGACUCAACUGAGGACCCAUCGGAUCCAACGGGAAAACCCACUGAAGUGCCCACUCAACAGCCUUCGGAUGCCACACCUACUGAAGAACCAUCGAAGCCAACUGAAAAUCCAUCGGCUUCCACUGAGGAAACAUCGCAACCCACAGAAGUUCCCACUGAAAAACCCUCGGAUCCCACUGAAAAUCCCUCGGAUCCCACUGAAAAUCCCUCGGAUCCCACUGGUCUACCAACUGGGGAAUCGUCGGAUCCCACGAAUGAAACCACAGAAAACCCCUCGGAUCCCACGGGUCAAUCUACAGAGAAGACAUCAGCAGUUCCCAAUGAUCCCACUACUGAUCCCUCGGUUCCAUCGGAAGACACCACUGAGGCCCCGUCAGAAACCACAUCUGAAGAUUCACAGAGCUCUUCGGACGAUCCGGGAAGCACUGGGACACCAACUGAAGAACCACCGAAUCCGAGUGAAUCAACUGCUACUCCUUUGUCCACGUUUUCACAGACGAACGGAACCACCGAACCCAUUCCCAGCGUGGAUGCGAAUGCCUCGUGUCGGGCUCAUCAGGGAGUCCAGUUCCUGCCGCAUCCCUACGAUUGCCAUCUAUACAUUCACUGCAACGGGGAUGUGGGGUACGUCCAGGAUUGCCCCAGUGAUCUUUUCUGGGAUUCAAUCACCCAGACCUGCGCCAAACACUGCGCCUAGGCAAAUAAAGUACUAAGAAUAGCAUGCUCUUAAAAA